AAAAUAGUGUUUAAAAAUGGCAUCACACCAACUAUGUUUGUAAACAAAAAAUUACUUUGCUCAUUUGCUGUUUAGAAAAAUAAUGGUGAAGAAAAUGAAGCGAGUAGAACGUUCAGAAGCACGGACUGUCUCAAAAAAGUGUCCAGACUGCGACCAUCAGGUACAAAAUGAGACGUCACUUGUUAAUUUAAUUGAUGAUUUCAAAUUUAGGCCCAGCGCUGUCACGGCCGGGUUAAUAAGUGGAUAAUGUGAGUUAAACUAAACCUAAACGCCAGAAAAAUUAAUUAUAUGGCCUCCAAAAUUUUUAAUAUUUUUACUUGAGGCCUAGACUAACUACUUAUGGGCCCAUCCAUAAGUGAUGCCAAGCGUCUAAGAGGGUGAGGGGGUCCUCAAGCAAUGUGAUGUCACAUAAAAAUAUACAGAAUUGCACUUCAUAACCCUAAAUAGUAAAUUACAGACAUUUUUAACAUUAUUCUUUUAUACAACAAUUAUAAAUAUGUUAUUUUUAAACUACUAUCACUGAGAGAAUCAGUACAGUUAUGCGAAAAUGGCCUCCCUCUGAUCAAGUUACAAGACGCCAAGGAGGAGAAUCGGGCAGUAGUUACAAUGACAGUCAUGAGAAUUUAUGGCUAAAAAGUGCACACGGGAGUCAUAGAAUUAAGACUACCACGUGAUGUGGGAUGGAGGAAAAAAAAAUGGAUGACAUUUGACAGGGGGGGGGGGUUCUUAGUAAAGUGGGGGGAGGCCCACUCGCCCACUCCGUUUUAACCCUUUCAUUACCGCUGGUGUGACAUCAAUUUUUGCUGACUCAGCAAAACAACUUUUUAAAGAAGAAACUUUCGGUAUUUUUCAUUCUCUAUCCGAUUCGCUUAUUAAAUUCUCUAUUGAUUAACGAAUAAAGAAAUAUAUAGCAUUGAAAUAUGACGUCCUUGGUAUUUCAGAAAAUUUCUUUGCCUCUUUGUUUUGACGACAGUGUGGUAAUUGAAAGUGGGUGAUCGUGACAUCUCGUCGACGUCAUCGGUAAUGAAAGGAUUAAACAUCACCCCCAACCGUAUAAAUUAUAUUGUAAUAAAAUUAAAAAUAAUUUUAAAAUUUAGUUAUCGUAGUUUUGUUUCUUUAAUUAACUUUUUAUAAAUAUAGCAAGGAAAAAAAUUGCCAAUACAAGCAAUGUGCCAACAAAAUUCACCAGAAAACAUUUACUGCGCUAAUCAAAAUGCAUAAAAACUUAUUUAAAAAAAAAAAAUGCAGCAACAAAUAUAAUGGCAGGUAAUACAAUCAGUGGCGUAGCUAGGGUUGGUCACCCGAUCCGGAAAGCUCAUGGUGUCCACCCCCGACUUCCAGGAUGCAAUUUAAUUGUUCUUGUUAAACUUAGUCCUCAGUAAAGCAAAUAAAAGAACAAAAACAAAUUAAUUGAAGGUCAGGAAGUAAAUGUAUUUAAGAACUGUGGCAUGUACUUAGAAUCACCCACUGUUAUUAAAGGAUAGCUUUAUUUCUCAGAUUUUAGAGAAAUAUAGUUUCCUGUCAUUUACAAAAGAACCGAACACUUCAUUCUGCGGUGAAUCAUGGUCAACCUAAUAAUAAGGUAGCCUAUUUGCUGAAACAUCAUGCUUGAAAUUUUAAUGAAACAUGCAUUUUGAUUGUUUACAUGGGUGGAAAAUGUACGUGUCAUCUAUUAUCCUUUUAUGAAUUUCGGUUAGACCGAGCAGUGUGUGCUCUGUAAAUAGGCAAUUUUUCAAUUUGGGGUGUCUAACUAUUUGUGACGAGGGGGGGGUUAAAAAAUCAUCAAAAUUAGCGUGACGUCAUUUAUUAAUGGCCCCUUAGUAAGAUUCAAUUUAAUUAACGGUUGGCUAGCAAGGCCUAUUAUACUCAAGUGGCCUCUAGGCUAGGACAUUUGGCCUUUGGUUAGUAGUUAUUAAUAUGUCAGAGUUCAGAGUAUUAGUUUAUUUAUAAUUCUUAAAAUAAUGGGAAAAUCUGGGAAAAGUGUGCAACAAAACGUUUUGUUGCAUUCUUUUUUCAGGUUUUCUCUUCCUUUGUUUCGCUCAUUUCCAUUGAUUCAAAUGACGCUGAUGUCCACACACACUUGAGAAUGUGGAAAAUGUGAAUACUCGCAAAGCACAAACUGAAAAGACAGAUCUUUUCACUUCUUAUUUAUACGAGUUCAUGUUCUGCAACUGCUUUCAUGGAAAUGAUAAUUUUUUAAAACGUCAUUGUUACCUUGGUGGAGAACUAUGCAUAAUUUUAUUUUCAUACAUUAAAUUGUUUAAAUUUUUCUACUUUAAAACUUUUGAAAUUGUUUUAGUUUUUCUAGAUCUAUAUAAAAAUUUGUUUGGGGAUUAUUUGAUGUGCUGAAAUGAACAUGUACAAUUUCAUAGAGAACCAAUUCAUCGGUUUGGAUCAUCAAUAAAUUAAUAAUUUUUAAAUAGCUUUUCAAACUGGAAAAACUUGAUUUUUUUUAUAGCCGGUGCUCAAGUGGUAAUUACCAAAAAAAAUAUAAUUCUAUCAUCAUCAUCAUCAAUGGCACUACAGCCCAUGUAGGGCCCUGGCCUGAUCCACUACAUCCUUCCAUUCGGAGCGAUCCAUGGCUUUCCGUCUCCAUGCUCGAACCCCCAACUGGUGUAAAUCUGUCUCCACAUCAUCAAUCCACCUCAUCCUUGUGCGACCGAUUGAGUCGUCUGCCCCUAGGCUUCUUCCUGUAUAUAAUUUUGGCUGCUCUGCAUUCCGGCAUCCUUUCAACAUGACCUGCCCAGCGUAUUCUGCCUUUUUUUAUCAUUGUGACUAUGGGUGGUUCUAUUUCUAUCAGUUGUACAAAUGUAUAGAAUUAACUUCAACAAAGUCAUUUUUUAAAAAAGGGUGGUGUUGAGUAAAUGAGAAGCGCCCUAAGUAUAAUAUGCUAUAAGUAGAGCACGAAGCGCCAUAAUUUUAUUAAGUUUAAGCAUAUUACAGUAAUCGCACGAUGAGUAGGUGCACUACUUCCUUCCUUACAUUAUAGACUCAUAGGCCUAAAUCAGAAUUUGCAUAGCCUUAGGCGCAUUAAGCAGCUUUUGAAAAUAAAAUUAUAACUUUAAAAAAAAUUAUUCAUUUAUCCUGACGUCACACAUCGGGUGCUCUUAAUAACACUUAAUUGCAGGCAUUUUUAACUUUAUUCUUUUAUUCAAAAAUUAUAAUUAUUUUAUUUUUAAACUACUAGCCCUGAAUGCAAGGUCCGAAAUAUGGCAUCUGAUCAAGUUACGGGCUGCCACGGAGAAGGAGAAUUGGGGUGUAGUGACAUUUGACAGUCAUGAGAAUUUAUGUCUAAAUGUGGAGAUGUGAAUUAUAGAAUUAGGAAGGCUACCACUUGAAGUGGGAUGGAAUUAAUAAUGGUUUACUGGGGCGGUGGCAGCUGAUCUUGGUAAAUAUUCUAGGCUGGGUGUUCUUAACCAUUUUGCAGCAUUCCCUAUCAAAAUCAAUUUCAAAACAUUUUCAGCAACCCACCCCCACAUAAAUUAUAUUGUAAUAAAUUUUGUAAAAUUAUAAUAAUUAAAUAAUUUAGUUAUUGUCAUUUUAUUUCUGUGAUUAAUUUUAUUGAAACAAUGUAAAGGACAGUAGUGGGAAGAGGGAUUUUUAAUAGGAGGGGGUAGGAGAGGUUUGUGAUGUGACAAUUGAGGUAGGGGGAUUAACUUUUUGUGACAAUGGUGUAAAAAAAUUUGCCAUCAUUUAUAGAUGGCCCCAUAACCCUUUUGAGAUGGAGUAUUUUGGAGGAUCUGUGCCAAGAAGACAGAGUCCUUUUUACAAGUUUGGCACAAAAAAUUUACAAAAUAAUUCUUUACAUUAUAAAACUAUAUAUAUUCUUGUAGGGAAUUGAAUGAAGUAAUAUGAUCUUUAUGAAUCAAACUUAAAUUUCAACAUUUUUGCAAAAGAGGUACAAGUGGUACCUCGGGUUACGAACCUAAUUCAUUCCAGAACUCGGUUCAUAACCCAAAACAUUGAAAUCAAUAAAAUAGAGACAGUUUCAUGAUGAAAGAAUCUUUCUUUUUUAUUAAUAUCCGGACAUUUACUUGACAAAACACAAAGAAUAUGUGUACUUCAUAUACUAAAUAAAGAGAAAGAAAACAUCCAAAUAAAUUUAAUGUAAAAUACAAAAAAGAUUUAGUCUAUGUUUCUUACCAAGAACACGAUUAUGGGAAAUUUAUCACUUUCUUUGCUAUUCUGAAUCAUUCGUUUCAGGAGUUUCUUGGCAGCCAAUGGGGAAUCUUUCUGCACCAAGAAACUAUCAAGGGAAAUUUGUUGCUUCCUUUGCUGGAGAACCUUUCCAAAGUGGCCACUUGCGUUAUCAUUCAUCGGUUUUACUGCCAACUGCUAUCUCUCUCUCUCUCUCACCUUCCCCGAGGCACUAUUUGUUAACCGAGACAAAAAAAUUUUGAAGUUGUUGUUCGUGACCUGAAUCUUGAAUUAUCGGGCUGAUGGAUUCGUCUUUUUUGCCAUUUGACCCUGGGCUGAUAUGUCUUCCCAGCCGUCCCAAUAGGGUUAAAAUUUUGAUCUUGUUGUCUUACAUAAAAAUACAUGCAUAUUUGAACUGGCUUACUGCUAAUAAACAAAAUAUAGGGCCCAGUGGCGUAGCGGUUUAUUGUCUCUAAGCCAUGCUGGAAGACAUGCCGAUGACCCCCUUGCCUCGCAUAGUUACAGCUGCAGGUUUGUUUAUAUAGGGCAGGACCUAAGAUGCUGAAGGAGUCACUGGCAUAUGUAACUUAUUUAAACUUGAUACACAGUGACAGCAGGGCUCCGAUCAUGAACCACAGGAGUAAUCUUAUUACUUUUUAAUGAUGAAGAUUGUAAAUUUGAAAUAAUAAUAAAGUUCUUGUACUUAACCUUACAAUAAGAAAAUGAUGAGGUUUACCAAUCCCGGGUGAGCUCCCAUGUCAAGAUCCAUAUUUGAUUUCUUUCUUUCAUCAGAUUCUAUUACCCAUUCAUAUGUCGUAAUCACACCGAAUUGAAACAAAUCCUCUUUCCAUUAGCAAUGUAACUUUAAUCUAGAAACCAUUUCAAUGUAACUUUAAUCUAGAAAACAUAUCUAUCAUGCUGCACUUUUAAUCAAACACAUGUUUAUCACAUUUGACUAUAAGAAUAAGAAUGAGAAAUAGUGCACUACCAUUCAUGAUUCACUUGCAAGGUUCUUUGAGGACUUCUAAUUAAUAUGCACAUACGCCAAAAAAGUCUAGACAAUACAUUAUAAUUACAAUAAAUAUACUUCACCAACUUAAUGGCGGGGAAAGCAUACAUUAAAUAUUAACUCUCACAACACACCACUCACAAUAUAACACAAUAUCUGGUGCACAACAAUUACUAGUGAAUUCCCAUACAUGGCAAAUCUCCCCCCCCCCCACCCCAACCACCUUCCAUUUCAGAUUUAACUCACAGAGUUAAAUUGAUAGCCAUUAAAAAAAUUUCCCCAUAAACUAUGAUAAAUAUAAUUAGAAACCAUUGGAAAAAUUAAAUUUCCUGUACCAAAAAAUGUGUGAUUUAAGAAGUAUUGACUUAUUAUUAACACAUGGUUAUUAACAUUACAGUAUAUAAUUUGACACCAUUCUUAAACAAAAUAUGUAUCUAUAACCAAUUAUAUAAUUAGAAGCUGGAGUAAACCUGCUGUAAACAAAGAACAACAGGAAAAACUGACUGAAGAGCUCACUGUUUCAAUAGUUUCAUGUAUCAUGGUUUUAAUUUUUUAAACGUUUAGGUUGGAGAACUACAGCAUCACACAGGGUAGGGGAAAACCUGAAGAAAGAUGAAACAAAGCAGAUUUAAAUGUUAUACUUUUAUUCCAGUGUCCAGUGGCCGUUAAGGCGUGCACAAACUGUGGUUAUUCAUUUACUAAAACUCGGCCACAGAGCAGAUCACAAACAAAACAACAGAGAAAUGCUACAAAUUCUUCAAGUACAACAGUUAGGACAUCGAAAGAAACAAGAGAGUCAAAAGGUUUGCAAAUAUUAACUAUUAAAAGAGGUAAGCUUUUGAAGCCUAUUGAUUUAUCGGUUACAAAGUUCAUUGCAUGUGUCAAUAUACACUUUACUGGACCUAAUUUAGUUUUCAUAAUAAUCACAUAUUGGUGUUACUGACAAGAAAUGUUUUAAUAGAAAUUUUAAAAUAUCCUAUUUACAACACUUUGAGAUAUACUAAAAAAAGUUUAGGUUCAACUUCAACUAAAUCAUUUUCUUUUUCUUUCAGCAUCCACGGCAUCUAGUUCCACAUCAAGCACACCCCCAGAAGCAGAUCCAAAUUUAGAUAAAGUGGGGCGCAGGUUUCGGACGAAACGAAUGAGGCCAGACUAUUUCAAUUCUCUGGAAUUAGAAUAUGCAUCACGAACUUUCAGACAGAGAAAGCCAGUUAGUUACUUGUUAGCCAAAAAAUGUUUGUUUAUUAUAUGAUAAUUAACAAAGCAUUAUUCUUAAGAGUGAAAUAUCUACUAAGAAAGUAAAAUAUCUAGAAUUUAACCUAUAUUGCUUGUGAAAAAAUGGGAUCACAUUACAUAUAUGAGAUAUUCAAUUUUGUAAUAUGGACGAAAAAAUCUAAGUGCUUGAAAUGUUUUUAUUACACAGAAAGAAGAAAAGGAGUUGAAAGGUAAAAAAAAGCGAGGAAGGCCGAAGGGUACUACAGGUAUUCCCCGCAAGCCUAGAGAGGAGAAGAAAAAAGAGGAAGAUGGUAAGUUUUAAAAGAUAAUGUAUGUUUUAACUAUGCAGACUAUAUAAUUAAGUGAUUCAAUAAAUAAGUAGAUCUUUUAAUAUUUUUUUAUGUACACAAUAUUACAAAUAAGAAGGGGAAAAAAAAAAAACUUGCUUACCAUUCAUUUUCACAUGUUAGCACUCUAGGUUUUUUAUAGGGGCUCAUCCAUUGAUUAUAUGUAUGUACUGUGGAGUGAGCAUUGCGGGAGUAGAAUUUGUGUAUAUAUGCUAGACUUAGAGCCAUAGAGGCUUAACACCGUACUUUUAAUAAUUGUAUCAAAAUAAAUAUUUUUUUCAGAUGUAAUUCCCCUUUUUGCCAUGUACAACUUGUUGCUGUCAACAAGUCGAUGUAUUUGUCGUCAGUGUUCCUCCAUCACAAGUACUUUGAAGUACAAAAUAAAUAUGUUUGUAUAAAUAGGAAGUGAUUUAUUUAUGUUCUUUUUUUUCAGAGCCGAAGCCACUUCCGGAGCUGGAUGAUGUGUAUGUGAACUUUUCCCCAGAGAGACUGCAGCAGUUUUCAUUUAUUCUUGACGAGAUCAACUUUAAAAUGACUAGCACUAUGUUUAAACCAGUUUGAGUUAUUGAGUGUGUGUGUGUGUGUAUUUGUUUGGCGUGAUUACGAUGGAGUGUUUGAUAAAAAUAUACUGUUAUUGUGAGAAAGCUAUGUUGGCAUUCCUGUAGUUGCAAGACACAUAAGGUUAAUCAUAUGUCUCAAAAGAAAUAAAUAAUAGUUUGCGUCUUACAACUUACGUUGAAAUAUGACUCAAAAACAUUUCAACUUAUUAUUUAUGCGGAAUAAAAAACUGUCUUUUAUUAUGUUGAACAAAUGACUGAUUGAUUCAUAGACAUUAUCUGUAUUGAAUUAAUAUUUUUACUUGUUAUUUGUGCAUGGUCUUUAUAUUUAUUGUUAUAGUUUAUAAUUAUUAUUCAAAACCGGCAAAAAAAAGUCAGUGGUUAAUUGAUGACAUUCUUUAACAUCUUAAUUUUUGGGCAUUUUGAAUAUUCUAAUAUGUUUUUAACAACUGCCAUUAGUUAAAUUAUAACAAAAGUCAUUUCCCAAUUAAUUCAACUUUUAUCCGAUCUUUUUUUUUUUAAAUUUAAAGUUUGUUUAAAUAAAUGAAACUUUAUAAUUUAUGGUGCAAUUUUAACAAGACUGAAUGAAAAACGAAUGAUUCCUCUUGACAGAGGAGAAAGUAUGAAUUUUCAAAUGUUAUUGCUUAUGUGAAACAUUAAAAUGAUAUUUCUGUUGACCAAUUAAUAAAAAAGGUAACUUGGUCAAUAGGCAAUUGUACAUGGUCAUGGCAAUUUUGUACUUGGUCCAUUACAGUUUUCUAUAAAUGCACUCUGAAUUUAAUUUCAUUGCUAUUUUUCUGACAUCACUGCCUCUUCUUUAAAAAUAAAGAAUUAUUAUAAAAUUUUAGAUAUUUGUUGAUACAUUGAUAAAGUUAUUCUCAAUAUGAAAAUAUUUAUUAAUCUGCAC